CUAAUUUCUGAAUCCUUAGACCUUAUUAUAUGGGAUUGGUUUAAAAAUCAGCUGUGAACUCUGUUAAACGAUUGAUAAACACUACUAUAUAUUUUCUUCCCAACUCACAACUCAACGUAUAUCCUCUCUAAACCCGCGUCCGAAUUACGUCGACUGGUAUGUUUCUUAACCAACCUCUUGAAUUCUUUCUUGGCUAUCUUUCUGGUUCCUCACAUCCCCCCUCUUCAUGUUUAGUGCCGCUGCAAUAUUUUCAUGUACUUUUCAUACCACUUGAAGUUCCAGAGCUCUUUGAACAGAAAAAUUCCAAAUGGGUGAGGCCCUUUCUCAUUGAAUACGAUCAGAUUCCUGGCAAGAUGUUCUACGUGUGCCGUUUAUGCCAAACCCACCUUGCAGUGGCCCAAGAUGUUAUUUGUAAGACUAUUAUGACAAAAUUUGGCGUCUUUGAAAAAGUUGUCAACAUCCUGAUUGACGGCCCAGUACAUCACGAUAGGUCUCUGAAUGGCACAACGACAGAUGUCUUUCGUACAAAAUGCAAUGCGGAAUUGGGCUGGAAAUAUGUUCAGGUUCAUGAGCCCACCACGGAUAUUAGAGAAGGAAGAAUUGUGCUUGAUAUGGACAAGCUCCUGUAUUGGAAUGGAUAUCAGCUAGUGGAUGAAGAGAAGAUGUAACCACCCAAUGACAUUUGAAUGGGCAGAUUACACAGAUUACAAGAACAUUGUAUGAAGACUUCAUCUACAAGUCAUUGAACAUGCAGUUAAUGCAUGGGUUCUUCUCCUCUGUUUUUUUUUUCUCUCUCUUUCUAUUUCCCCCACUCUCAUUCUGGUUUGGUAAUGAAGUUUGAUUCUCCAGUAAUCUAAAGAAAGUACACGUGAAGUCGAAGUUGUCAUUGGUGGUUCGUGGCUUUCCAGUUGGUGUGAAACUCUCAUACCAGAAUGUUCUGUUUUGUAUGUGGUACAGAUUUGAUUCUGGGUUGUGGCCAUGUCGUAGAUGAAUGUUCUUUAAUUUCACUUUCCUUUGCCUUCUCUUUUACCGUUUUGGAUAUGAUGAAGUUGCAUCUGCUCAAUCCGGUUUGUGUACGGUAUAAAUGAGAUCGAAUGGCUCUUUCCCCAA